AUGUUGACAAAAAAAGCAAAUGAUAUUAAAUGCUACAUACAAGAAUACUGCAACACUUGGUCACUAUACAACACAUUAACCACACGGCUCGCGCAAAUAAAAGACAUCUAUCAAUAUCUACAACUUCAUGGACAACCUGAUGUACGUCUUUUAGAGAUGUCUAGACAUAUACCCGGUGAUAUUCUGGAGAAUAUCAUAUCAGAGUUAGAGUACGAUAAGAAUAGUUUGUUCGCUUGUUUAUUGGUUAACCGUCAAUGGUGUCGAUACACGGUUAAAGUGCUGUGGGCCAAACCGUUUCAUCUUUCGUACUCAAGAAAACUACUAUGUGCAUAUAUUCCCUUCUUCCCACCUGAUUCAUGUGCCAACAUAGGAAUCGAGAAUACAGCGAGAACCACCUGUCCCUUAUUUGAUUACCCUUCCUUUAUAAGAGAGAUCUCAGUUUAUUAUAUGUGUUGUGGCAUUAGAUCAUAUAUCCUGGACGGGCAGUUUGUUGGUAACGAGAAAACUUCCAAUCGGCGCCCGUACACGGAUUUCGA